CAGCCUCAUGCCGCUGCUGGGCGCCGUCGUCGCCGAUUCGUUCCUGGGGCGCUACCGCUCCAUCAUCCUCGCCUACACACUCUACGUCCUGGAGCGCGCAUCCCGAAGCUCCCUCUUCAACUGGUGGUUCUUCUCGAUGUCCGUCGGCAUCUACAUCGCCGUCAUCGUUGUCAGCUACGUCCAGGAGAACGUAGGGUGGGGAAUCGCAUUCGGCUCGCUCUGCGCCAUCAUGCUAUGCACCUUCACCUUCUUCCUCGUCGGCACCCCCACCUACCGCCUGUACAAGCCCACCCCCAGCGCCGAGAUCCCAUUUGCACGCUUCGCGCGUAGCCUCGCCACACUGGCCAGGAGCUCGGGCUUCAUGAAGAGACACCGCCAGCGCGAGGAGGAAGACGAAGAAGCCACAGGCAAAUCUGAGAAGGCGCGCGAAGUGCUACGGCUGGUGCCGAUCUGGGCGGCGUGCCUGGCGUACGGCAUGGUGUACGCACAACUCAUGACGCUCUUCAACAAACAGGGCCGCACCAUGGACCGCCGCGUCUUCGACGGCCUGGAGCUGCCGCCGGCAGCCCUGCAAACUAUCGGAGCGGCUUCUGUCCUGACCUUCGUGCCCAUCUAUGACCAUCUACUGGUCCCGGCGUUGCGGUACGCCACAGGUAAUCCGUCAGGACUGACGCUGCUGCAGCGUGUGGGGACUGGCAUGGCCAUUUCCCUAGCCGCGGUGUCGUUCGCGGCGCUGGUGGAGGCUCGGCGGCUGGAGGUUGCGUGGAAGCACGGCUUGGUUGACGACCCCGGGGUGACGGUGCCGAUGAGCUGCGCGUGGCUGGUGCCGCAGUACGCGAUGAUGGGGGUGGCAGACGUAUUCGCCCUGGUCGGCAUGCAGGAGUUCUUCUACGACCAGAUGCCCGGCGAGCUGCGCAGCCUGGGGCUAGCGUUGUACCUUAGCGUCACCGGCAUUGGCGCGCUCAUCAGCAGCGCCCUCAUCUCCUUCGUCGAUCGUGUCACAAGUAGAGGCAGCGGGGACAGCUGGUUCACGGACAACCUCAAUCGCGCGCACCUCGACUACUUCUACUGGCUGCUCGCCGGCAUCAGUGCCGCCGACCUCGUGCUCUACCUCUGGUUGGCUAGAUCCUACGUCUACAACAACCGCAAGACGACUAUCUAAGCACCGAGGAUGAUCACUCGUGGUCUUGACACACGAG